AUGGUUUCUAAAACUUCUGCUUUGGCAGGACUUUUGGCAGCUUCGGGCUUUGUCGUUAAAGCAGCGCAAACAUUUACAGUCCCAAUUGAUUUUACUGAUGCUAUUGACGUGUCCUACUACUUCCAGGACAGCAACAACUUGGUGUCCGUUGUGCCUAACAAUGAGGGAUUGCAGAUUACAGUGGAUUCCGACAACGUGUGUGAUAUCUUGCAAAGCGGCAUGAUCGUAUACAGCACCGAUGGUAGCACAUCUAAUACUCUACUGACGUGGAAUCAGUACGAAGUGUUCCACCUUAUGAGUGCGAGUGGCCAGGAAUUAUCCUGGUCCGACGUAAACGUACAGGUUUGUGGUGCUUCUUCGUCAAGUAGCGAGGUCUCUACCGCAACCAGUGAGAUAUUCUCUAGCGGUGUGAUUUCCACCACUAGCAGUGACGUAUUGUCUAACGGCGGUGCGUCAAUUGCUAGCACGUCUUCCCUACCAUCUGGCUCUGUCCUAUCCACGACAGUCGUGCAUGCAGACCAACCAGUCUCAACGGGUGUUGACACGCUAGCAACCACAUCAUCCAACUUGAUUACAUCCGCUGGCACUGUUCUAUCUGCUUCGGUUGUAACCUCUGUUGUCAGCGGCGUUUACACCGAGUAUACCACCUACUGUCCAUUGUCCACUGAAUCAAGCGUUUCUACCACUAAAACUGCCACUUCUGGAUCAGGUUCUGCAGCGACCUGGAGUGAAUCCAUCCUUACCACCACUGUGGGCGGCGUUGAAACCGUUUACACAACUUAUUGCCCACUCACCUCGUCGACAACGUCUGUUAACCCUCAGGGCGUUACAACCACGGCGAUCGAGCAGAGCACAGUGCUUGAGACAGUCGUAUCCUGUGCAUCGAAUAUAUGUUACAGAACUGCAAUUGCUAAAACCACUGCUGCAUCCGAGCAGGGAACGGCCAUUGUGGCAACUUCGACCCCUGUUGUAUUCUCCAGUAUCGAAGGCACCACAGAAGCUACUCCAUACAACUCCUCGAUUUCCACUACUAGCGUUGCCUCCAACGCAGUCUACGCCGCUGCUUCUGAAAUCUCAGGCCCCCCUACCACCAAGACGUCGUCUAUCCUGUCAGUUUCAGCAACUUCGACAUCUUACGUUGUUACCUCUGGUAUCCCAUCAAUUUUGGCCGCGCCAGGUGCGACCGUGUCGGUAAGCAGUGUAUUCGAAGGCGGUGCGGCCACUUUCGGUGUGAGCAGUUUGCUUGUGACCAUGGCUGCGGUAUUGGCCUCCUUGAUCUGA